UGGGCAGUUUCUUGUCAAAUAGCUAGCUGAUAUAAACAAGCUAUAAUGUAAUCCGUGUGUAAACAUAGCUAGGUAAAUUAGUAGGGUUUUAAAACGACAUCAUUGUGUGAUUAAUACUGUAUAUAUCACACGCGGAAGGAGUUUUCUGCCCGGAACGCCCACACAGAACCACAAACCCGGGGAAGACAAUCUGCGGCGCUCCUGCGCUCCUGUAGCCAAUAGUCUAGCAAAGUACAAUUUUCCUUCACUGGAACUAAGAGGCCCAAACCUGUUCCAGCAUGCCCCUGUGCACAAUGCGAGCUCCAUAAAGACAUGGUUUGCUGAUGAUGAUGUGGAAGAACUGCACAACCACAACCUCACUGAACACCUUUGGGAUGAAUUGAAAUGUCAACCCCAGGUCUCCUCAUCCAGCAUCAUUGCCUGACUGCACUAAUGCUCUUGUGGCUGAAUGGACACAAAUCCCCACAGCCACGCUCCAAAAUCUAGUUGAAAGCCAUGCCAGAAUAGUGGAGGUUGGAAUGGGAUGUUCAGCAACAAGCACAUAUGGGUGUGAAGGUCAGGUGUCCUACAGAAGCCUCAAGAGAAAGAGAAGAGAAGAGAAGUUGAGCUGAGCAUUUGACUCCACUAAAUACACUGUGAGUGCAACAUCAGACCCAUAAUCUACAUCUCUAAUGCCACACUCCAACGAGCUUCAUGUCACUAUUUGCCCAAAAGGGAAACGGCCUAAACCUAUUUGUAUUGGCCCAGACAAGUAUAAAUGCCAGUUCUGCAACAGGAAGGGGGAGUAUGCUGCGCUUGUGGCUCACAUACAGACCCAUGAGAAAACAGCUAUUGAAUUUCAAGAGAAAAAAAUCUACAAAUGCAACCUAGGAUGCAGUAAAAGCAGCCACUACCAUUGCUGCUGCUGCAAGAGGACUAUAAUCUCACGAAAUUACUUCACCGAACAUAUACACAAGUGCGGGUUAUCCAUAAACGUGCAGGUGCACACACCUUGUAGUUCUUCACUGGUCCCCAGCACUUCAACAGCAUUGUCUAGUCACUCUGCCCCACCAAUCAACACCUCAGUCCCUAUAUGCAGUGCCAUUAAUGGCUCAGAACGUCAGUGCAGUGAAGACAGUGCCACGGGUAGCCCGAAUCUCCUUGACAUUAAAGUCAAGUCACCCAGUCCUCCAUCUUCACCUGCUUCUUUGACUGCCACAGUUACACCCUCUGACAGCCAGGAUAUUCUUAUGUCUGUGAACCCAACCCACAAUAUCUGUGCUGGUAGUCUCAAAGUACUGACAUCAAGGCCCAAACGAAUCACGUGUUGCUUCUGCAAUUUAAUUCUGAACAAGAAAAACAUCAAAGUACACAUUCAAAGACGACACAUGUCGGCUAAUCCAGACUUGCUGCAAACGAAUGGACUAAGCCAUACACACAUUGCCUCUGGCAACAUGGAGGACCUGGUAGCAGAAGGCAUUACACUCAAGAUGCUUAAUGAUGCUUGGCAGACGGUCAUGAGCAGCCCUUUGGGAGUGAUCAAAACACCCAUGAUCCUCUGGAGCCAGACCACACUGCCACUCCAUGUGCCCUGUAACGCCUAUCUGAAGUUGGAGAACAUGCAGAGGACGGGGUCAUUUAAGAUUAGAGGUGUAGCAAAUCAGUUUGCCCGAAGAGCCAGUGGGGGUAAUUUUGUCACAUUGUCUGCUGGGAAUUAUGGGAAGUCCUUUGCCUAUGCCUCUAAACACUACGGAACUAAAGGCAAAGUGGUGAUGCCUGAAACAGCUCCCAUCUCCAGAUCUCUGCUAAUACAAAGUUUUGGCAUCGAGGUUGAACGAGUGCCAACCCAGAGUCUUAUGGAAGUUGUCAAUCGAUGUGUUCAAAAGGAAAAAAUGACUUUACUUCAUUCCUACAAUGAUCUGGAUCUCAUAGCAGGACAUGCCAGUCUGGGGUUUGAGAUCCUGGAGGUGCUUCCUAAUCCUGAUGUGGUAGUAGUGUGCUGCGGUGGAGGGGGUUUACUGGCUGGAGUAGCAGCAGUGAUUAAGCUUUCAGGUUGUGAGGACACAAGAAUUUAUGGAGUGGAACCAGAAGGAGCAUGCACCAUGUACAAAAGCUUCAUUGAGAAAAAACCUGUUGGCAUGGACAGCAAAAGCAUCGCCUCUGGUCUUGCACCACCAUCUGCAGGUGCCCUGCCAUAUUCGAUGUGUCAGAAGUAUGUGGACGAGAUAGUGUUGGUGACUGAUGAUGAAAUCAAGUCUGCCGUUUCUGCUCUCUACAAAGCCGGUCUAGUUGUGGAACCCUCAGGAUCCGCUGCCUUUGCUGCCCUCGUUAACAACAGAAUACCAGACAUUACUGGCAGGACCGUUGUGGUAAUCCUGAGUGGAGGGAACAUCAGCAAAGAAGAGCUUACCAGCUUCCCGGACUGAUUUACACAAUACCUCUGUCUUUGAUUAGCUUAAUGUAUUACCUGUUGAGACUUUUAAAGAUUUUUGAGGAGUGGAUGAAGACUUACCUGACAGAGCCAAAUCAACAUCAUUAUUUUUCAUACAUGGAAAACACUAAAAUCAAAUUAGUUGGUUGCAUAAUAAAAUAAACAAAGUGGUUAUACCAAAUUUCUGAGUUUAUGUUUUUUUUUUUUUUUUCCCCCACUAAUUCUCACCUGGAAUAUCUGCAAGUAAACUGGUUGAGCUCUCACUUUUCCUAUAGUCAUGUUCCUGUAACCAUUUGACCUUCCUAAGAACCACACACAUACCACUUUCACUGCCAGGUAGUAUCUCUUUCACCAGCAUGGAGGAAAGAAAGGUCAUCCUUCCCACCUAGAGAUCAGGAACACUUAUGCUGUUACACUCCUGGCUGUGAAUGGCUAUAGCUAGGGCUGUAGGACUCGAGUCUUGUCAAGAGACUUUUUCUGUAUUGACUUGGACUUGUCCCUGACUUAUUGGCAGUUGGACUUGGACUUGUCUCAGAAUUUGGCAAUGGUCUUGUUCUUGACCAAAAGUUUGUAAAAAUAAUGUUCAUGUUGUCCUUUCCUUUCAUAUUCAUAAAGUUUGACAAGAAAUAAUUCCUUCUUCUAGGAAAAAACAGCCUAAUCUGCACAAGAAUGAGUGCAUGAAUGAAGCCAACUAGUUGAAGUAAAUGUUUGGCCUCAAAAAGGAUUUGAUGAUUUGAUGGUUUUUGGUCUCGAUCUUAACUUGGCCUUGACCCCCUUAAGACUUAAUCUUGGCUCUAAUUCAGCUAGUCCUGGUCUUGGAAUUGACACCGGUGGUCUUGACUACAGCCCUAGCUAUAGCAUUGCUGCUAUUUGAACUUGCAAUUUCCUAAGAGAGUGUAUCCGAUACAGACCUGUAUGUGCAAUCAUCCUGUUGUGCUUUCUGUAU